AUGGCCUCAGGCCGCUUGCGUUCACGGUCGGUGCGCCAUGACUCGUCGCUGCCAUUAUUCGUCAUUACACCUGCCGAAUCACAAGGUACAGCUUCUGCUGAACCACCACAGGGCCAGGACUUGCUUCUGUCGCCCUCGGUAGCUGAUGUGACGUCGCCAUACGUCCAAGACUUGGAACGUUGGACCCCUGCACCUGAGCCAUCAUUUUCUCGUGAGCGUCGCUCGAAUCGCACACAUGCACGCACGGGAUCGUCAGGCGUGCCACAGAACCGUUCAUCCUCCCCCCUUCCUAGCUUGCCUCAACCUUGUGGACCUCUAGAAGGGGUUCAGGCAAAGCUGCUGCGAUACGAGACAGACGUUUUUAAACCACACAACUGGCGCCGCUGGAUGGGCAUUAACACACUCAAGUCUGUCUCUUCGCUUCCAUCGCUACGUCUGCGCUCUUCCAGCAAUGAUGAGCCGCCGAGCAUCGUUCCUACACGUGAAGCUCGUGCGGAGAGUGCUUGCUCGGACCAUCCCCUUGACACGAUUGGGGUGUUGCAUCGUGAAUCUGCCUCACUGACACCGACAGCGUCGCGCACGACCUCACACCGUCGAUCGUUGUCGAUUCCUACGACGCGAAAUCCUUCGCCUGACUCCUUUCCUCGCGGCCAAGCCGUCUCGUUUGCACGUCCGCCCAUGUCUGAAGACCAGGCGUCUCUUGGUCCUGACGAGACAAGGUCACAGCAUGCGGGCAGAAGAUCUUCUCUGAGCACGGAGGAUCCAGGCGCCAUUCAUGCAAAACAAGUCUCGUCUCUAUCUCGGCGAGCAGUACCUAUUAGCUCUGCUGCAGGGAAAGCGCCUCUUAUUGUACAGCCCCAGCCCCGCGUUCCCUCAGCAUUACUGGAUCGCCGUUGGUCGGGCCAAGACUCGAGCACAUCAAGUCAAGGCGAUGAUACAUCGGACACGUCCGAUCCCAUGGACAACGACGCAAAUGAGUCAAUACAAACGCUGAGUCUUUCUCACUGCAACGUGCUGACGAAUAAAGAACUGCAUGCGAGCAGGCGAAAAAUGCGCAAAUUACCGGCUGAACUUCGCGAUGAAAAUGCCUCACGCCCCGACUCGACUUCCGCCCAAGUCGUUCGGUCUAGCCGGGUGCGUCACACGCCUGAUGAGGUCGGUAGUUCCCGUGCGACGACGCCGAAUCGAACGCCGUCGCCUUUUAUGGAGGGUGGUGUUGGCACUAGGCUGCGCCCAGCGCUCCGCACACCUCAGCGCUCGACCGGAGGCAGUUGGUCGGACGAGAAUGUAGCACCUGAACGCGAAUCCGUCGUGACGCCUCCCGCCUCAUCUGCUGGCUCCAACCGGCCACAUAUGUGGCGCCGACGCGAGCGACGAGCAUGGAACCAAGCAUCAGUUGAAGAAGAAAUCGACGACGAUGAACAGCCGCAACCACGGCCUGUGCAUCGUAGCUCGCACGUGUUUGUUUCACCUGUCCAAUCCGACACACCUGAACUCGUGUAUGAUAUGCUGCAUGAAAAUCAGCGCGGCAUUGUGCUUUUUGGUGUAUCGAAGCGAUUCAGCUCAAAUGUCCUUUUCGUGUGGGAUCCGUCGCCAUGGACCGAUGCCGACGGCUGCAAUACAGCACUCGACACCUCGACCAUGCAGUUGCCUGACUCGACAUGGGAGUGGGUUCAUCCCACUUGGCUCGUAGACAUGACUGGCAACACCGACGAGGAUGGUUGGCAGUACAGCGGCAGUUUCACGGGACUGCGUUUUUGGCGCAAGCCCAUUCAAAGUGCGGCCAAGUCAGGGCCUCGCCACUGGUGGCAGACACUUCACAAGUUUGCACAGUCGAUCGAUGCAAAUCUGAUGGCUCGACGCGAAUCCAAGGAGGCGUCGCGUCCCGACGAAGGAAUGGAGGCAUUCAUGCGCUCUGUACGUUCGCGUUCUGAAAAGUGGACGAGCAAGCCCGGCAUCUGGACGUUUGUGCGUCGAAGGCGCUGGGUUCGUAUGCGUCGUCGCAUCGGCAACGCCCACUUGUCGAAGGGACUCGGGAUUCCAACAGCCGAUGGUUCCUUGGUGCUUGUGUCUGAGACGUGUGCCACAUCUGACAAUGCGAGCACGAAUGACCAAGUACUGCUCGGCUUUGAAAGUGCCAUUGAAGACGAUGUUGACAAUGACGAACAAAACCUCACCGAAAAGCAACAUUUGCUCGUUGCCAUCGAGCGUCUGCACCAUUUGCUACCAUUUUUCAUGAUCCCGUCAUCGCAUUUAGCCGAGGCAUUGCCACCAACGCAACCGCUUAUGGCAUCUGAACUCGAGAAAUGGAGUCGGCAUUUUCGUUUCAUUCUAGAGGAAGAGACGUACCUCCAGAAUCCAUUCUUUGCAUUGGGCUGGAUUCAGCGCUGGCUUGCAAGACCUGAUCUGAAAGAUCUUACGCGUCGACUCCGGCAGCAGGAACGCACGUACCAAAAAACAUACGUUUCAUCUGCUCAACGAAAUGACCGCACAGACCAGCAGCUCAUGAAGGAAAAAAUGCUCCAAUGCGAACAGUGCCUGUCAAUGUCCACGACCUUAUCACUGCCGACGAAGCCGACAGUGGAUGUGGAUGAGUUUUAUCCACACCGCCCUUCGUCGCCAUUUACGCCGAGUGAAUGUCUUCUUCUUUCAAGUCGCGGCUGCUGCAAUGUGCGUCCAUCUAUUGUGCGACAAGCCGUUGUCGAACACAACUUUGCCAUGGUCAUGAACCUGAUGCGUCUGUGCCUUGUAGACCGGUUGCGCGUGGAUUUGUGGCUUAUGUGGCUCCAUGGCUGUCUUAAUGCACCUGAUGAUUCACAUGGUGCCGAAUUAGAAGGCUCUCUAUCGCUUCUGCAGCAAGAGUGGUACCGGAGGCGCUCCAUGUUACACGAUAUGCAGCGUCUUGGACGCACGCCGGCUGCAUUUUCUCCGCUAAUUGAGCGGAUUUUAAGAAAUCGAAUCUAUGACUAUACCCAUUCGGCGCCUAUUCUCUUGGACGUAUGGGAUAUUCUCGUUGCCCAUGUAUGUACCAUCUGCCUUCUCAUCCCUGACCUGGUUUCUUAUUUGCAUGUUUCCCUGAUGUACUAA